AUGGCGCCAAUUGUUCCAAAAACUCAUGAAGGCGGUGCACAAACACCUUCAUCACCCGGGCAACACAAGACGUUUACCUUUGAAAUAAAGGAGAAAUUUGUGCGGCAGUCUGUUAUGAUGUCACUAUGGUUUGUCUUCAGUUUUGGAUCUAUUAUAUCAAACAAGUACAUUUUGUCGACAUUAGAUGGUGAUGCUGGCAUCCUUGGGGAGACACAGAUGGUCUGUUCUGUUAUUUUUGGGGCUCUCAAGAUGUACCUCCCUUGUUGCUUGUUUCAUCGAACCUCUGGCCAUCAUCAAGAUGGACAUAAGUUUCAUUUCUUUCGUAACAUGGCGAUUCUAGGCUGGAUGAGGUAAUUAUUGAACAUCUUUUAUUUCUUAGAAGCACCAUUGAUAAUAUAAUAUAAUCAGGGUUGUCAGAAAGUUUUGAAGUAGACGGCUGAGUUGCCAAAGUAUGCGGCCAGUCCAGGGAUAUUUUAUUUAAAAAAUGCCAUCUGUAAAGACAUGCCAAGCAGAGUAGUCAGUCGAUACUAACCAAGUAGGUGGCCAUUUUCGCAGGCAGCCAGCUGGUUUUGAGAACCCUGAUAUGUGCCGUGAAACUUGCAAUAAAUUGAUAUUGAUGUAAUAGGAUAUCUUGCCGACAGAGUAGCCUGAGAAAACAGCCGAAAUUUUGAGAUGGAAUCCCUGGUUUCCUCAUGAAAUUAGACGUAUGAGAAACAAGUACAGAAAUUCCACACUGAUGACACAACACUUCUGAUCUGGGCAGUGAAUUCUGAGCAGCUGAAAAUUUGGUUCAUCCAAUCAAAAGUACUACCUGGAUCCGUAGUGACAUGUUAACAGAAUAAAAAUUUUUGAGCUCAUUUCUCAGACAUCAUCUCGGAAGGAAACCAGCGGUGGUGUUGCAAAAUGUUGGCCGUUCUCUCAGGCGAGACCAGAGGGAAGGUAGAAGUGUGCAAAGGGUGAUUAGGUGGAGACGGGUGAUGAAAACAGUUUCAAAUGAAAACAAUAGUCAUUGAUAGUAUGUGUAAAAGUUUUUGCACUCAUUUCUCAGACAUCAUCUCAGAGUGAAAUCCACACUGGUUUUCACCAGAAAUUGAUCAGAUUUUUCAUGAUAAAUAUAUUUUGAAUAAAAACACCUUCCAAGUUGAAAUCCAACCAAUAUCCUGUCUUUAAUAAUGACUUGGAGACCUAGGAAACGAGACUUCAAGGAGUUAAAAUCCAAAAAUUUCCUGGGGGAACCGGCCCCGAACCCCACUUAAAGCUUGCAACUUGUGCAAGGGGGGAUUGAGCAGAGAGGGAUUACAAAAACAGUUUCAACAAACGAUAGUCACUGCAUGCUCAUGACCUUUAGUAAUUCAGUUUCUUGUAUAUUGUUAGUGACCCUGUAUCUUCUUUCUCUGUAAAUUUAUCCUUAGGAGGACAUAACUAUUGUGUUAUAUUUCUAGCAACUCCGAAAGAUAGUUAAAUUUAAGCUUUUAUAAAUAAAUGAGGAAGAGAAAGAGGUAAAUGUUGAUUGUGACUUAUGAGUGUUGGACAAGAAUAAACUCUUGAACAAACUCUCUAACAGGUCAUGUGUUCAAAUGAAUAAUUUUUUCUUUUUUUCUACCUGGAUGCUUGUGGCAUAAUAAACAUUCAAUAUAGUAGAACGACAGUAACUUGAACUCUGAAGGGAAAUGAAAAACAGUUCAAGUUACUUGUAUUUAAGAGGAAUUGAGUUGGGGUAAAUUUCAGUAAAGUUUUCAUUUUAAAAGGGAAAGGAAAUUCAGUUCAAGUCAGCAAGGAAUUUGAGUUAUCUAAGUAUAUUUUUAUCUUAUAAUGAUAACAUUUUUGCUGUUUCCCUUAAGAUUUGCGACAAUUGUUUGCUCUCUCAUUACUCUCAAGUAUGUUGCUGUUUCAUUCUCUGAAACGGUGAAAUCUUCAGCACCAAUAUUCACUGCAAUUAUUGCUUGGAUAAUGCUAGGUCAGUGAAAAAUAAUUAUUUCUUAAUUAUAAUUUUAUUAUUUUGUUAAAUGAAAUGAACAUAAUAAAUUUAAUUAACCCAACUUUUAUUGACUGCUGGCUUAAAAGGAAAUUUUGGCUAUAAUUGUUCGUUAUAAUAAUAUUUUUAACUCCCGCUCUGGCCUGACUAGCUGAAUUUGUCCUCAGCCCAGUUAAAGUUUGCUGCAGAUUCCAAAGAAAAAAAUUCACAUAAAUAAUCAAGUUUUAUUUUGUAAAAAUGAAGGAAUAAACAGUUCCAUUUGAAAGUACUGCUGAAGGGGUUUUAUUUGAAUGGUAACAUCACAGGAUUUCAUCUGCAGACUCAAAAGUUAGAACUAUACGUACUAACUAAGCUGUACCAUGCAAAAGUACUGCUGAAGGGGUUUCAUAUGAAUGGUAACACUAAAGGAUUUCAUCCACAGACUCAAAAGUUAGAAAGUCUACAUACUAAAUAAAUAGUACCAUGUGAAAGUACUGCUCAAGAGGAUUCAUUUGAUUCGUAACACCAUAGGAUUUUGUUCACAGACUUUUAAGUUAGGAUUGCCAAUUAAAUCACUUCACCAUAACAUGGUCUAGGGAAAAAAUAACAGAUUCCCAAUAUUGGAUAUUUUAAGGUAUUUAAAAAAUACCCCCAAAAAUCCCAAAUUUGACAAAGUGAGACAAGUCCCAACGAAGGAAUUCCCAACCAAGUUCCCUGGUUGGGACUUGUCUCUCUCGUCCAAAUUUGGGAUUUUUGUGGGUAUUCUUCAAAUACCGUAAAAUAUCCAAAAAUGGGAUCUGUUAUUUUUUUCUGUGAAUUAGGAUUAAUAGAUAUUAGGGAGUUUAAGAUCCAACAACGUGAUGACAGUAAGAACUUAAAAAAAAAUCAAUAGGUUUAAUAAGCGAAACAAUAACUUUGCUUAUGCAUCACUUUUUUGUAUUUUUCUUUGCUGUUUUUAUACGAUGUGAAACUGACUAAUUUCACGUUUUAUGGGGAACAUAAAUAAGCGACUGGGAAAUUUUAUGUCUAUUUCUGAACAGCUUGGAUCUGGUCCCCUGGAAAUAUUCAACUUCAGGAGUGUUCGCCUACAUUUGAUAAAGUAUAAGUGACGUUAAAGUAACUAUAAAUAAUAUUAAUAAUGAUACUUAUUAUGUACCAACCAAUUUUGCUUUUGUUAUUUUGCAGGAGAUAAAUCAACUUUAUUAGUAAAUCUUUCACUCAUUCCCAUAAUGGCUGGGCUCUCACUUUGUACAGCUACAGAACUAAGUUUCAACAUGGUUGGAUUUAUUUCAGCUCUUUUAAAUAAUGUUAUGGACUGGUGAGUGAUGCCUAGUUUAUUUCUGCCAUUACCUAGCUAUUGAUCGAACUGAAAGGUCCUUGGAAGUGUUCCAAACAUACAACUUUAAUACUCACCUAAGAAAACAGCCAACAUUACUGGUGGUUUCCUCGUGAAAUAACAUCCAACAGAAAUUUCAACUGCUGGUGUGUCACUACGCAGUUCUGGGGAGUGCAUCUUAUUGCCUGAAGCCAAUUUCCCACACAGCAUGACCAUUCAAUCAGAUAGUGACAUGUCAUAUAGGUGGGAUUUCUGCGUUCUGGUAUCAUUUUAUGGGGAAACCUGACAUAGUGAAAUGUCGGCUGUUUUCUCAACCUCGUUCCCAGCGUGGCAGGUAGGAGAGAACCCUGGGAAUGAGGUUGAGACUGAUAGAACUCACUUUAGAAGAUUUCCUCUUACUCUCUCCUGUGCUCUCUAUAAUCUAUAGUGAGGGUUAAAAGAAAGUUAUGAACAACAACAACAACAACAUUUCGAAGAAGGUUGCUGGUUACUGUGUUGCCAGUUUUCAUGUUACAUUAUCAAUGAGCAAGGAAUUAAACUCUGGACUGCCAAGGGACAAAUACAUUUUACAUGUUGUUUUCAAAGUUGGACUUGAACGCAGGAUUGCGAUUCCAGCAUACUGACUACUCGGCCAUGCCUUCACUGCUCCCAGGAAGAUAUAAGCCCAUCAGAAAUGUAGAAUUGUUUUGAUUUUAAUUAAUAAUGAUUAUUUAAUGAUUAUUAUUAGUCAUAGUAAUAAUAAAAUUAAUAUUAUUGUUUGGUAGUUUUCAGAAUGUAUUUUCCAAGAAGCUUCUAAGUAGCGAGCAUCCUUAUAGGUAAGAACUCAGUUGAUCAUCUGCAAGCAGAUGUUUGCUAUAUUACCUUUAAGCUGCAUGCAUUCUAUACCUGCCAACUCUCACGCCUGUGGGUUGAAAACUUUGAUCUCACGCCGGCUUACGCUUGUGGGCCAAUUUCUCACGCCUAAUUGAAAAAUGUGAGUUGUUGCCGUCUUGCUUGACACAAUUUCCAAAAAUAUGUUAACUCAGACCCUGGAUGUAAGGAAUGAAAACCAUGUGUAAAAUGAAUAAAUGACAAUACCUUCCUCGCGAUCUCUGAUUUUUGAAGUGAAAAGCAAGUGAAAACUUCGCCUUUGGCAGACUUCGGAUGUCUUCGGAAGACUUCAGACUUCUUCGAGAAUCUUUGGAAAUGAUCGUGUCGUCUUUAAAAAUCCCAGCACUCCCAGGAUAAAAAUCUCAUGCUUAUAUCUCAGAAAAAGUUGGCAGGUAUAGCAUUCAGGUGCAACAAAGGAAAUAGCUAGGAGAUAUUAUCUGCACACAGGCUGCUCAUAAUGUUGAUCAUGAUCAAUUUUUUCUGUUCUGAAUCAGCAAGCAGUCAAGUCUUAAUCUUGACAGCUUCAAAAACAUCUAUAUUUUUUCCAUUGUUCAUGAGUGAGGACACUGGUCAAAUAAAUGGGCAAGAGUGAGUGCAAAAACAGAGAUAAUGAGACAUGUUGUUAGAAGCUUAUUAAUUUUCUUCCCCUCAAAAGGAAUUAAGGGCUUAUUAGAGAGGGGGUGGGGCUUAAUAGAGGAUUUACAAUUUAGCUGAAUUAUUUAUACGCUUAACAUUAGUUAUAAUUCACAGUUUUCUUUUUCAGUCCCCCAGAACUUCAGUUCUAUACAAGUGCUGCUGCAAUUGCUGUUCAACUACCUUUCUGGUUCUUUAUGGUGAGGUUUUGCUCAAUUAUAUAGUAACAGUAACUGUAAUAUUUAUGAAAGAAAGCAGUUUAGAAAUCCUGCUUUAUGUUUUAAUUAACAAGCCGGUUAUGUAGCCAAUCAAGAUUUUAGUUCAAAGGCACAAAAUUAUUGGCCGUUAUCACACUAGAGAUGAAUUAUCCGUCUGGGACGGGUUAUCCGUUAGAUAAUUCGCACCAGACAGAUAACACAACUUUAAUUAUCUGAAAAUGGAACGGUUUUAAUUUUUGAUGAACAAUCUAAUCUGCCUGACUUUAUCCAUCUGUUCAUCCAUCAAUUUUGCUGGAUUUUGGAUGUUGGUAGAAAUUCAAAUCAAAGGCAAUAAAAUUUAAUAUUGGAACUAGUUAGUUUAGAUUGCAUUUUUGGUUUUAAAAAUUUAUUGUUUUUGUUUAAUUUUGUUCAAGGAGUGGCCCAGUGAAGUGAAGUUGACAGAGAACAGAUUUUUAAUAUUUAUUUUUUUAUUAAAUGGAUUCAUGUUCUACAUGCAAAGCCUUACAGCCUUUGGACUCAUGUCACUCAUAUCACCAGUUACAUUC